AAAGAAAAAAGAUCACACCUUUUCACGCAAAAACAAAAACCCAUAUUUCUCUCUCCAAAGAAAGAGAGAGUGAGAGAGUGUGAGGAGAGAGAAACACACACAUUCUCUCACACUCUCUAGCUUGCUCCUUGUUUUUAUUCUACUUCUUGGUUGGCCUCGAAAACAACUCUUGUCCUAGUCUUUUAUUUUCUUGAAAACCCCUUUUGUUUAGGAUCACUUUUCUUCAUAUGUUCUGUGUUUGGUCCUACACUCAGCUCUGGUAUCUGAAUUAGGGAUUGAGGAAAAUGGGGUUAAGUCAUGAUGCUGCCAAAAUGGGAACCGUGGUUGCGAAAGAAUCAAACCAAAGGAAGGAUGCAGCAAAGGAAAUAGAUGAGGAUGAUGCGGUGAAUGCUCGUUGUUGGUUUAAAUUUAGGUUGUUUGGAAGGUGCUCAGCUUCAAGGUCCAAAAUAGAUAGCUCAGUAAAUGGAGGCACCAUACAAAGCGAAGAAAACAAAGCUAAAAAUGAUACAUGUAAAGAACAACCAGUUGUUCCUGUUAUGUCCUCAUCCACAACCAGCAAUGCUGGAAGUACUCCAUCCACUCCUAACUUAAGUGAGGAAUUGAAGAUCUCCUCUAAACUUCGAAAAUUCUCUUUCAGUGAACUUAAGUCAGCUACAAGGAAUUUCAGACCCGAGAGUCUACUUGGUGAGGGUGGUUUCGGCUGUGUUUUCAAAGGUUGGAUCAACGAACAUGGAACCACGCCUGUAAGACCAGGCACAGGGCUUACUGUUGCUGUAAAAACCCUAAAUAAUAAUGGGUUGCAGGGUCACAAGGAGUGGCUGGCUGAAGUGAACUUUCUUGGUGACCUCCUUCAUCCUAAUUUGGUCAAGUUGAAUGGCUAUUGCAUUGAGGAUGAUAAAAGGCUACUUGUAUAUGAGUUUAUGCCGCGAGGAAGCUUGGAGAAUCACCUGUUUAGAAGAUCCCUACCUCUUCCUUGGCCAGUGAGGAUGAAGAUUGCUCUUGGUGCAGCAACUGGCCUUGCUUUUCUUCAUGAGGAGGCUGAGAGGCCAGUUAUAUAUAGAGACUUUAAAUCAUCGAACAUCUUGCUGGAUGCAGAUUACAAUGCCAAACUUUCUGAUUUUGGACUAGCCAAAGAUGGUCCAGAUGGUGAUAAUACCCAUGUUUCUACUCGGGUGAUGGGAACUUAUGGCUAUGCAGCUCCGGAAUAUGUCAUGACAGGACAUUUGACUUCAAAGAGUGAUGUCUACAGCUUUGGUGUUGUUCUGCUUGAAAUGUUAACUGGGCGAAGAUCCAUGGACAAACACCGACCAAACGGGGAACAUAACUUGGUAGAGUGGGCAAGACCUUGCCUAGUAGACAGGAGAAAGUUUUAUAAACUUGUAGAUCCUCGCCUCAAUGGUCGCUUUUCAUUGAAAGGUGCGCAGAAGACUGUUCAAUUGGCUGCCCAUUGCCUUAGUCGUGACCCUAAAACAAGACCUCUGAUGAGUGAAGUUGUUCAGAUUCUAAAGCCUCUACCCGAUCUCAAGGACAUGGCAUGUUCUUCCUCCUACUUUCAGGGCAUGCAGGCUGAUCGAGGCGGCGUCAACCCAAAUGCCAGAAAUGGCAAUAGGUCACAGGCAGGUUUGGUGCCCAAGAAUAAGCAAGUUAAUCGGAGCCUCACCAUUCCAAAUGGACAGAAUGCAUCUCCAUAUCACCAAAACUAUUCUCUUCGGUCACCAAAACCUCCUAGGCUAUCAGAGGAAUAAUGAUUUUAUGCUUACCAUUUUUGUAAGUCUGUUAUACACAGUCAUCCCCGAGAAAAUGGAAACGAUUCCUCAAAGCUUAAACUUGCAGUGUAGCUUUUGGAAUCAAUAUAUUUUUCUUCUGGGUGAUGGAAGGUUGUUUUUUGUUUGGGUAAAAAGAUCCUUUGUCGGGAUAUUAAAACCGGUAUACUUUGUGUUUAGCACCUUUGGUUUGGACAUAAGGUUUUGGUUAAAGACAAUUUAUCUUUGGAGUA